AGGAGGGAGGAGAGACUGGCUGGCAGGCUGCACACACCGUAAACGAUGGUUGUCGGAUAGAGUCCUGGAGACCUAAUGAAAGUAGCUGCUUGAAUUGUUGCAGCGAUUACUGAAGCUCAGUGGAGCCCGGCGUGCGUGCACCGCAUCCCCGGACACCUGGGGAGGAAGGAGGGGAGGAAGAAAACUGCAGCUGACUUAGAGAAAAAAGAAAGAAAGAAGAGAAGGACUUGUUUGCAAUUUAUUUUAUUUAUUUUUUUACAGCUGAUUUCCUCAAUUUUCAUUUUCACGUAAGCAACUCCUACCCAGAGGGACCCGGACAGGAUCCGUUUCAUGCCCGGGGGAAGCCAGCGCGACCUCCCGCUCGGAUCCAGCGCACCGGCCUCCCACGCUCCUCUGGCGGGCUCAGAAGCUGCAGAUCCCGGCAUUUGCUGGGAUGUUUGAGUCGCGUGGUUUGGUGGGGUGAAGGGACCGAGAGAGUGGACGGAGGGAGACCGAGGAAGGAGGAGGGGGACAGAGGCCGAGAGAGGAGACGGGGAGCAUGGCUCUGGUGGCGCUGCCUCUCUGGGUGCUAACGAGUCUCACCUGGGCGAGCGUGCUCCAGGUGUCAGCCAAUAGACACUCGGUUUACUGGAACAGCUCCAACAUACAUUUGCGCAGGGAGGGAUACACAAUGCAGGUGAACGUCAACGACUACCUGGACAUCUACUGCCCUCAUUAUAACGACAGCCAGCGCAUGGUUGGCACCGGAGAGCAGUACGUCCUCUACAUGGUCAGUUACCGUGGCUACAGGAACUGCGACCCCCAGCUGGGCUUCAAGAGGUGGGAGUGUAACCGGCCUCACGCCCCCCACGCCCCCAUCAAGUUUUCGGAGAAGUUCCAGCGCUACAGCGCCUUCUCGCUGGGCUACGAGUUCCAUGUUGGGCAGGAGUACUAUUACAUCUCCACGCCCACCCAUCACCACGGCCGCAGCUGCCUGAGACUACGAGUGUACGUCUGCUGCUCCACGGCCUCUGACGUGGACGAUGAGCCAGAGCCCACAGAACCAGACUACACACUUAGACCAGGCCUAAAAAUCAGUGAUAUUGAUGAGUUUAACCCUUUCGUUCCCAAGCUGGAGAAGAGCGUCAGCGGAAGCAGUCCGUCCAGGGAUCGCCUUCUCCUCACGGUGACGAUGCUCCUCCUGGCCGUCCUCUUCAUCUCCUAGCAACGGCCAUCCCAUCAGCGUCACCAUGCCAACUAGCCUUGGGAGGCUGUACAGUACCAGUGGGUGGGAGAAGAGGGGGGGUCAGGAGAGGAGAGUUAAGAUACUUCAAAUAGAACAGAAGGCAAAGAGGAGGGAGACUUUGAAUGAAAGUUUUCAAGCAUCGGAGUGUGAUUGUGUGUUUGUACGUGUGUGUGUUUGUGCAGCUGUGUGUUUGAUGGAGUGUGGCUUUGGUGGAGUUGAAAGACCUUUGGAUGCUCUGUGUCACAGACUGAACUGUUUGUUGCAUUGAAGUCAGCCUGUGCACACAGAUGCAGGUUUGGUAGACUGUGUGUGUGUGUGUGUGUGUGUGU